CUGCAGAGCUCCAGACCACUAGCCCUAGCGUUUCCCCCAGGAUGGCUCUCUCCGGGCCAGGUGGCUUCCUCUCUGAGGACCAGUUCAUCUGUUCCAUCUGCCUGGAUGUGUUCACCAACCCAGUCUCCACACCCUGUGGACACAGCUACUGUCUGGACUGCAUCUCCACAUACUGGGACGGUAUGUACCGUGCUAUGAAAAAGUUUUUGCCCCCUUUCUAAUUUUCUCUACUUUUGCAUAUUUGUAAUACUGAAUGUUAUCAGAUCUUCAACCACAACCUAAUAUUAGAUAAAGGGAACAUAAGUGAACAAAUAACACAACAAUUACGUAUUUAUUUAAUUUACUUCAUAAACAAAGUUAUGCAACACCCAAUUCCCCUGUGUGAAAAAGUAAUUGCCCCCUUACACUCAGUAACUGGUUGUGCCACCUUUAGCUGCAAUGACUCCAACCAAAUGCUUCCUGUAGUUGUUGAUCAGUCUCUCACGUCGCUGUGGAGGAAUUUUGGCCCACUCUUCCAUGCAGAACUGCUUUAACUCAGUGACAUGUGGGUUUUCAAGCAUGAACUGCUCGUUUCAAGUCCUGCCACAACAUCUCAAUUGGGAUUAGGUCUGGACUUUGACUAGGCCAUUCCAAAACUUCAGAUUUGUUGCUUUUUAGCAAUUUUCAUGUAGACUUGAUUGUGUGUUUUGGAUCAUUGUCUUGCUGCAUGACCCAGCUGCGCUUCAGCUUCAGCUCACAGACGGAUGGUCUGACAUUCUCCUGUAGAAUUCUAUGAUACAGAGCAGAAUUCAUGGUUCCUUCAAUUAAGGCAAGUCGUCCAGGUCCUGAGGCAGCAAAGCAUCCCCAAACCAUCACACCACCACCACCAUGCUUGACCUUUGGUAUGAUGCUCUUACUGUGGAAUGCAGUGUUUGGUUUUCGCCAGGCAUUACCGGAACCAUGUCGUCCAAAAAGUUAUACUUUUGAAUCAUCUGUCCAUAGAACGUUCUUCCAAGAGUCUUGAUGAUCAUCCAGGUGCUUUUUGGCAAAUUUUUGUCAACUUUUUGGACGAGAUGGGUCCCAUUAUGCCUGGCGAAAACCAAACACUGCAUCCCACAGUAAGAACAUCAUACCAAAGGUCAAGCAUGGUGGUGGUGGUGUGAUGGUUUGGGGAUGCUUUGCUGCCUCAGGACCUGGACGACUUGCCUUAAUAGAAGGAACCAUGAAUUCUGCUCUGUAUCAGAGAAUUCUACAGGAGAAUGUCAGACCAUCCGUCUGUGAGCUGAAGCUGAAGGGCAGCUGGGUCAUGCAGCAAGACAAUGAUCCAAAACACACAAUCAAGUCUAUCUGAAAAUUGCUAAAAAGCAACAAAUUGGAAGUUUUGGAAUGGCCUAGUCAAAGUCCAGACCUAAUCCCAAUUGAGAUGUUGUGGCAGGACUUGAAACGAGCAGUUCAUGCUUGAAAACCAACAUGUCACUGAGUUAAAGCAGUUCUGCAUGGAAGAGUGGGCCAAAAUUCCUCCACAGCGACGUGAGAGACUGAUCAACAACUACAGGAAGCAUUUGGUUGGAGUCAUUGCAGCUAAAGGUGGCACAACCAGUUAUUGAGUGUAAGGGGGCAAUUACUUUUUCACACAGGGGAAUUGGGUGUUGCAUAACAUUGUUUAUGAAAUAAAUAUGUAAUUGUUGUGUUAUUUGUUCACUCAUGUUCCCUUUAUCUAAUAUUAGGUUUUGGUUGAAGAUCUGAAAACAUUCAGUAUCACAAAUAUGCAAAAGUAGAGAAAAUUAGAAAGGGGGCAAAUACUUUUUCAUAGCACUGUAUUGUGGCUUUGUGUGUACUGUACACUACCUGAAAUAUAAAUGUACAUUUGUUUGUAUGUUUACAUAUAUACUGUACAUGCAACAACUUACGUACAUUAAACGUUAUUGUGUGUUAGUUCGUUUUCUAUUAGUAGGCGUAUUUCUUCUGUUAAACAUCACGUCACCAUUCAGAGAUCAGUUGUAUUUUGCCAUGUGAAUUAAUUGAAUGAACUGUAACUUGUUGUUAAAGGAGGAGGAGGGAAGACGUGUGUGUGCCCACUGUGUAAGGAGAGCUUCAGGAAGAGGCCGGACCUUCACAUCAACCACACCCUGAAGGAGAUCACCGAGCAGUUUAAGAAGAUGGCCGACGGAUUGGACGGGGGGGCCAUGGUGAUGGAAGGAGGGGUUGGGAGUCAAGGUGGGGGUGGCGGUGGUAAUGAGGGUGUGUCAAACGGGGUUGAGCGUCCUCCGGUCCUCCCAAGACCCCCAGGGAUGGGUGGGAUGCCUGGGGAUUUGUUUUUGGAGAUGAAGACCAGGUUCCAACGACCUUCGAACUCCAGAACCCCUCCGCCCGUCCUCCGCCCCCACCCGCCCUCACCCUUCUCCUCCAACACCACCGCCCCUCCUGUCGCCCCACGGAGGUACACCCUGAGCGGGCCGGCUGAUUCCUCCUUCAACGCGCCUCUCUGUCCUGAACACCAGAGGGGGCUGGAGUUCUUCUGCCGGACGGACCAGACGUGUGUGUGUGCCGCGUGUUUGGAGGGAGAGCACCAUGGACACCAGGUUAUACCUGCCAAGAGAGAAUGGCUCAUCAAGAAGGUAGGGAGUGGGACAGCGAUGGAGAAACAUAUGUGUGAACUAAUUCUGGUGGAGUUGUAGGAAACUCCAAUUGCAAUGCUACUACUGUAGAUUUGAUUGCAUUAAUGAAGUGAAAUGAACACAUACUGUACAAACCUUAGCUAUGGAGACAGUCUACACAAAAUAACCUGGGUGUUUGAAACAUUGUUCAAAUCAAAUUGUGUUAAUCACAUGCUUUGUAAGCAACACGUAUAGCCUAACAGUGAAAUGCUGACUUACAGGCCGUUCCCAACAAUGCAGAGAGAAAGAAAAUAGAGAAAUAAUAGAAAAGUAAAACACGUAAUAAUAAAAGUAAUAAUAAAUUCACAAUGAGUAAUGAUAACUUGGCUAUAUACACGGGGUACCAGUACCGAGUUGAUGUGCAGGGGUACGAGGUAACUGAGGUAGAUAUGUACAUACUAGGAAUAAGGAAUAAAUACUUUGCUGUGUGUUGACUCUGGUCUGUUUAUGUCUGCAGUCUCAGUUGGGCCUGACAGAGGUGGAGCUGAGGGACAUGAUCACAGAGAGAGAGAGGAAGGUGGAGGAGAUCAGGACAUCCCUGGAGGACAUACAGGUGGGUCUCUGGAACACACACACAUACAUAGUACACACACACAGAGACAAACACAGACAGACACAGUAUACACACACAUACACACAUACACACAAAUAGGUUGUCUCUCUGUCUGUCUCUCUCUCUCUCUCUCUCUGUCUCUCUGUCUCUCUGUCUCUGUCUCUGUCUCUGUCUCUGUCUCUAUCUCUGUCUCUCUCUCUCGCUCUCUCUCUCUCUCUCUCUCUCUCUCUCUCUCUCUCUCUCUCUCUCUCUCUCUCUCUCUCUGUCUCUGUGUCUGUCUGUCUCUCUCUCUCUCUCUCUCUCUCUCUCUGUCUCUGUCUCUCUCUCUCUGUCUCUGUCUCUCUGUCUGUCUCUGUCUCUCUGUCUCUCUCUGUUUCUCUCUGUCUGUCCCUCUCUCUUUCCUCCCUCUUUCCUCUCUCUUUCUCUCUCUAUUUCCUCUCUCUCUCUUUCUCUCUUUCCUCUGUCUCUCUCUCUCGUUCCUCUCUCUCUCAUCAUCAUCAGCCCCCUCUCCCUCUCUCCCCAGGCGUGUGCGGAACAUGAGACGGCGGGCAGCAUGCAUGUGUUCUCUGCCCUGGUGAGUUCUGUGGAGAGGAGCCAGGCAGAGAUUCUGGAGGUGAUAGAGAUGUCACAGCGGGCUGCACAGCACCGAGGACAGAGCCUCAUCAGAGACCUGGAGCAGGUCUCUUUUUUUUCAUUUAUUUCAUUUGAGAUAAUGGUUUAUUUCAGAGAGAAUGGUUUAUUUCAUUAAGAGGACAGUGAUAUCAAUAGCAGCGAAGGGUGAAUUAUUUUAUACAAUUUACAAUCCUUGUAUACACAAUACACAAGAAUUAUCCAUCAACACAAUAUUAUUCUUUCAUAAGGGACCAUGUACAAUUAAAACUUAAAUCUCACAAGACGUGAUGCAUUGUACUAUAUUUGGCUACACAACUCAUUUACAUCUUCUGUAGGGUAGGUGAACAAUUAAAUAAAUUAAUGCUGCUAUGUUUUUUUUUACUACUGAUCUUGUUGAUUGUCUUUUGUCUUUGUGACUGUGUUGCUGCUAUGAUUGACAAACCCGUUUCCCUCUGGGAUUAUUAAUAAUAGAGUAUUUCUCAUCUUUUCUUUCCUAUUGUAGGAGAUCUCUGAGCUGAGGAAGAGAAGCGCCAGCCUCACCCAGCUAGCCCAGUCUGACGACUACGUACUCUUCUUCAAAGUUAGACUGCUCUUUCUGUUCAUCACAUCAAUUUCUUGCUUUUUUCUUCAUUUUUUCCCAACGUUUUCUACCCUUUUCCCAACCUUUUCUACCCUUUUCCCAACCUUUUCUACCUUCUUCCCAAACUUUUCUUCAUAAUUUAUCUUAGCUACAAGGUAAGAGGUACUUUUCCUAUUCUCUUCUUUUUUAAUUAUAUAUCUACUAUAUAUAUAGCUAAAAAUUAUAUAUCUACUAUAUAUAUAGCUAUAAAUUAUAUAUAUACUAUAUAUAUAUAUAUAUAUAAAUUAUAUAUCUACCAUAUAUAUAUAUAUAUAUAUAUAUAUAUGGUAGAUAUAUAUAUAUAUAUAUCUACCAUAUAUAUAUCUUACUACAUGUUAUUUUCUAAUUCAUUUAUUCCUCUGUUCUCUUAUUUCUCUCUUUUUUUCUCUCUCUCUCUUUCUUCCUCUUCUCAGACAUUCCCCGCCCUCUCCACCCCGCCUCAGACCAGGGAUUGGUCGGACGCUGUCGUGACCUCUGACCUCAGCUCGGGGUCGGUGCUUCUGACUGUCAAUCAAAUGGUGGAGCGCUUUCGGGCGGAGCUCAAGAGACUGCCGGAGAUCUGUGAGUUAUGGUUGACCAUUGUAGAUCUCCUAUAUAUUCUAUCUAUGAGUACUAUCAGUUAUGCUAAUCUUUUUCCCAGCGGGCAAAAGUGGUUGAAAGACGUCAAGAUUCCACCACUUUUGCCCGCUGUGUUGUUGCAAGUGACACAGAGAAUAGCCCCAAUGCUGUAGUGUUGUGACGGUUUAACUCUACUUUAUGAACACUACUAGGCUACAAUGUAGAACAGCGAUUCUCAACUGGUGGGUCGCGACCUCAAUUUAGGUCGCAGGAGGUUUUGAGUGUGUUGUGUUUGUGUGUGUGUGAGUAAAAUAAAAAAAUUAAAAAACUGAACUUAAACGACUUAAACCAGGUAGAAAGUGUGUAGAAAUGAUAAUGAACUUACAUUUUUAAACAAUUUGUCUUCAAUCACAGUAUUUUUAAUAUAGAGCUAUUAGCAGCACUAUUUUGGUUGGAUUUGUGGUCUCAAACCAGAGAGUAUAUUAACAUUCUUCAUCAAGAAUAUGGACAAAAUGUAUUUAUUGACAAUGAGGUGGGAAUGUUGUUCCCUUGUCAUAUAAUUAAAACCAGUUGAGAACCUAUAGACCAUUACACUGCAUUGUCUUUUGUUGGCCAGGUCUGCAUCCUCAACCUCAACCUCAACCAGACCAAUCCGUAGGGACAUAUAUUCCAGGUAAGGUUUACACACUCAAAGUACCAUCCCAUCUGUAUCUAAUUAGUUUAUGAUCUAAUAUGUGUCUAAUAUUUAAUUAUGUAUACUCUUAUGUUUGGCCAGGUUUGCGUCCUCAACCUCAACCGGACCAAUCCGUGGGAAGAUAUAGUCCAAGUACGGUUUUCAUUCAUGCCUUCGUCACACUCAAAGUCCCAGCUCAUCCCAUUCUGUGUGUCUAAUAAUCUGUCCAGUAUUUGAUUGGAUAUAUUCUAUUUUUUUUGGUCAGGUUUGCUUUCUCAACCAAACCAUGCUGUAGGAAGAAAUAGUCCAAGUAAGUCCAAGAUAACAUUCAUGUCUCUGUCACACUCACAGACCCAACAUACAGUAUGUCUAACAAUGCAUACAGUCAUUGAUUUCCUGUACUCUGUUUUGUUUGGCCAGAUUUGCCUUCUCAACCAAACCAGUCCCUGGGAAGAUGUAGUCCAAGUAAGAUUUGUAUUAAUUCACGGCUGCUUCUGUCAUACUCAUCCCAUCCUAUGUGUCUCUAAUAAUAAUACUGUACUUGAUUUUAUGAUAUUGUUUUGGCAGGUUUGCGUUCUCCACCUCCACCAGAACAAUCUGUAGGAAGAUAUAGUCCAGGUAUGGAUUCAUUCAUGUUUCUGUACUACUCGCAGGCCCAUCCCAUAUGUGUAAUAACCAAUGAUACAUACAGUGUCUAAUUAAGUGAUAAUGCCCAAGAAUAUAUGUCGUACAUACUACGCGUCCCGUUGUAUAAAAGUGAUAAUGCCCUCGAAGCAGGUGUUUGGAGAAUAUAUUGGCACUUGGGUUGUUAGGCCUGAGACGAAGUCGAGGGCUGGCAAACCAUUCCAAUAUAUCCUCCAAACACCUGCUUCGAGGGCAUUAUAACUUUUAUACAACGGGUUACCAACAUAUUCAAAUAAUGAUUGACAUAUUUUCAUUAAAAACGUCAUCUUGAUGAAUUUAUUCAUACUAUUUCGUCCUUCAACAAGAUAUAGUCCCGAAACAAAUCUAGGGUUGCUACCCAAACCGGCUGGUCGUUCGUUCUAUCGGUUCGGUUGCCAUAGACGCGACCCAGUCGUUCAGUCUUUUUGUUCUGUAUCUAUAGACGUGACCCAGUCGUUCAGUCUUUUUGUUCUGUAUCUAUAGACGUGACCCAGUCGUUCAGUCUUUUUGUUGUGUAUCUAUGGACGCGACCCAGUCAUUCAGUCUUUUUGUUCUGUAUCUAUAGACGUGACCCAGUCGUUCAGUCUUUUUGUUCUGUAUCUAUAGACGCGACCCAGUCAUUCAGUCUUUUUGUUCUGUAUCUAUAGACGUGACCCAGUCGUUCGUUCUAAAUGUUCCAUUGCCAUACUGGCUGGCAAUGUUCUUAUCCCUUCCUUGCUAGCUACCCAACUACGGCUAAUUUACAGUCACGUCAAACAGUGCAGCCAGAAUAACAACAGUUGCUGCAUUUGUUUAAGCUGUUUUCUAGAUACAUUUAUUUGGAGACAUACAUAACAAUGAACUAAUAAGGCGCAAUUCUGCCUGGCAUAGAAAAUGUGCUCUCUCGUCAGGACACUGUUCUUCAGAGGAGCUAGCCAACAACACAGCUAACACUAUAACUUCAAACUGAAGCUGGAAAGACUGCAAACUAGCUGCACUUUGUUUCGUUUGACAUUUUUUCAAUUUACAUUUCUUUGUACAUAUCCAUAAAAAUGAAGCCAGCUGAUUCAUGAUUUUGACUGGCUGAGAAACGCUGCCUGCCUCUCUCUCUCCUACCGACCCCUACACGUUCAUUACUAUGGGACAGUUGGAGAUCGAAUUUGAAUAUUGAAACAAUGUUGCAAAUGUCGGAGAGACAGACAGCAAGGUUUAUACAAAUCUCAGCUGUUGAAAACUAAAUGUUAGUCUAAAAGAAAUGUGGGAUAAUGUCUAGAUGCUUUUUAUAGUUGAGAUCAAGUUUAUAAAGUGCAUGGCUGGGCUGAUGAGACAGUGGAUUGCGCAGUCAGAUGGAACAGAGUAAAGAGUCAUUUUAACGUAAUAUAUUUAGCUGGUGCUAAUGUGUGGAAUAGACACCGGCUGGAAUACGCUUUUAACCAAUCAGCAUUCAGGAUUAUACCCACCCGUUGUAUAAUUACAUUUAUUCUCUUUUGUUUGGCCAGAUUGGCUUUCUCAACCUCGACUAGAACAGUCAGUGGGAAGAUAUGUAAAUCCAAGUAAGGCUUUGAUUAAUUUAUUAACUCAAAGUCCCAGUCAUGUGUGAUAAUACAUACAGUAUAUGAUCAGGGGUUAGAUGGUUUAACACCUCUCUCUCUCUCGCUCUCUCUCUCUCUCUCUCUCUCUCUCUCUCGAUCCAGAGGUGAGGAGAGUGCAGGAAUAUGCAGGUAUGUACUUCCUUCUUCCUGUAUCAUGUUCUCUGUGUUCAUGUGUCAAGCACAUCAUCGCUAAAUAUAGACACAAAACUGCUGAUUGAACUCUUCAUUGGUGACUGAUGACUUCUCCUCCCCCUUUGUGUCUCUGUGUGUUUCUCUCUCUGCCCCCCUCCCCUUCUACCUCACCCUCUCCUCUCCUCUCCCUCUCAGUGGAUGUAACCCUGGACCCUCUCACCGCUCACCCCCGCCUGCUCAUCUCCGACGACGGCAAGCAGGUGCGCUGCAGCGACCGCUACCAGCCCGUGCUGGACGGCCCCGAGCGCUUUGACCGUGUGGUCUGCGUCCUCGGGCGCCAGGCCUUCACUUCGGGACGCCAUUACUGGGAGGUGAGAACAGAAGCAGGGUUUCAUUCCAACAGAGCCAUCAGGUCAUAGGUCAUAAUGGGGCCCGAUAGAUGGUGGGGCUGAAUGCCAAGGACUAUUUGAAUAUAUAUGUACUCACUUUACAGUGUUGUUGUAUUACAUGAUGUUGUACUGCAGUGUAUUGAUUUGUAUUCUGACCUCACAAAAUGGAUUUAAAUGGACAAUAAAGUUAUCGUAUUGUAUUGUAGGUGGAGGUGGGUGGGAAGACGGACUGGGACCUGGGCGUGGCUAGCCACUCCAUCAACAGGAAAGGGAAGAUCACAGUAAGCCCCGCCCACGGCUACUGGUUCCUGAGCCUCCGGGAUAAUAAUGACUACGCGUUCCGAACUGAACCGUCGACAGCGCUGGGCCUCAACCACAAACCCAACCGGAUAGGGAUCUACGUAGACUGCGAUAAGGGACAGGUGUCGUUCUAUAACGUGGACGCUAAGAUGCUCAUUUAUACGUUCACCGACAGCUUCUCAGAUGCCAUUCAUCCCUUCUUCAGCCCAUGCACCAAUAAGUCUGGCAGGAACGAGGCGCCGCUCGUCAUUUGUCCUGUCUCGAUGCCUCUGGCCGACUGAGAUGGGUUUGAGUUUUUUUUAAGUCUGUCCUUGUUCAAUGUCCUUCACUGAUCCAAUAGGACGGGACUGGAUAGGUCAAAGCAAUAUUGUAGAAGCUAUAGCUGGACCACCCAGUUUUCUCAUGUCAACAAAGGGAAGUGAACAAGGCCAGAAGAGAGGGAGCAAUUUUCUGGAAUGAAAUAGUCUCUUAGAAACCUUUAGUGGAUUUUGGAAUGAGUCCAUUCAUAAUGACCUCCUGUGUUCUAUGGAGCUGACCAAUGGAUACUCUGGAUACAGAGUCUGGAUUGGACUGAUCAUUCUGACCAACUACAGUCCAUCAGUCUGAGAAUUAAGGAUUUCACCAUCUGUCCUUAUCAUACGAUGGAUUAAUCUGUCUACCUGGGGUAAUAUGUGUCCCAAAUGGCACCCU